CAUCUUCUCAAGUGACCAGCAGCGAGGACAUACCGGCUCCAGUCCCAGUCACAUCACGACUCUAUUCCCGCUACCUAGUCCCAUCCGCGACUGGCACUCUGCCCGCCCGUCAUGUUCGGUCCCUCCAGCUCCUCCGAUGCUGGGCCAUCCCGGACCCCCCUCGUCCCAGCAGCGUCUCCUCGUUCCGACGUCCCACCCUCUACCGCCUCGCCGCCUCAGAGACAGAAACUGUCAGGGUGGAAACACUCUGCUGCGGGAAGUCUCGGCGGUAUGGCUGGUGCCAUCGUCACCUCCCCUUUUGAUGUUGUCAAGACACGUCUUCAAUCUGACAUGUUCAGACACCAGGCUGCGACAUCUCCCACCACUGUCAAGCGGUCUUCAGGGGGUCUGUACCAAUUUGUCGACACGAUUCUUCUCAUACGGCGGAUAGGCGUGGAGGAAGGCUGGAGAGCGUUGUAUAAAGGUCUCGGACCGGCUCUGGUUGGAAUCAUCCCUGCCAGGGCGAUCAACUUUUAUUUUUACCCGACCUCAAAGCAAUUCUUGGCGCAGCGGUUCCCUAACGCUCCGACUACGAGCAAAGGACAGACGGCCGAAGACAGUCCAGUGAUACACCUCGGAGCAGCCGUCAUUGCUGGUAUCAUGACUGCCACUGGAACCAAUCCAAUCUGGGUGAUCAAGACCCGACUCCAGCUCUCUGCACGAAAACGUCCAACCUCUACUCCCGUCUCUACCUCUCCACUCCCCCGACCGAUCGCCAAUUCUGCCGCCUCGUUGACCCAGACCGCCUCCAUCGCCUCCCCUUCCAACUUUGGUGCCGCGCUGAGCCUCACACGAGACAUUUUCCGACGAGAAGGUAUCCGCGGACUCUAUCGUGGUCUCUCGGCAUCCUACCUCGGUGUGUCUGAAGGUGUCAUCCAAUGGGUCUUGUACGAGCGCUUCAAGAGGAUAGGUACUGGCACCUCGAUCACUGAUGCCCCACGGGAAACCACCGCGCUGUCCUGGAUAGGAUCCAUUCUCGGUGCCUCUGGAGGAGCAAAAGCCAUUGCAUCCCUCAUCACCUAUCCCCACGAGGUUGUCCGCACCCGAUUACGACAACCUCCGAUCGACGGGGUCAACAAGUACAAGUCUCUCUGGCAGACGUUGACUCUUAUCGUCCGCGAAGAGGGUGUCGCGAGUCUGUAUGGAGGUCUGACUGCUCACAUGCUCCGAGUGGUACCCAAUGCCGCCUGCAUGUUCUUGAUCUACGAGUUGGUAGCGCAAAAACUCGCCUAGUAUUAUGCAUUUUACAUAUUACCGG